UCGAUCGCACUCAUAAGUCGCCAUGUACCCCACGAUAUCCGAUCCCCUUCUCCACCAUCUCCUCCCGGGAACGAUUUCUCGCUCCCGCACCUACUUCUCCUUCUCUCGGGCAUCCUCGCAAUCUGCUGUUGGGCAUGGCUUCUUCUCGCUCAUAAGAAAACCUCACCGUCGCUGCCGCCGGGACCGGCGGGCCUCCCCCUUGUUGGGAACCUGCCCUUCCUCGAUCCGGAGCUCCACACUUACUUCGCCGCCCUCGCAAGGAUGUACGGCCCAGUGCUGAAGCUCCAGCUCGGCAAGAAGCUCGGUGUCAUUGUCACAUCCCCGGCCACCGCUCGCGAGGUGCUCAAGGAUAACGACGUCAUCUUCGCCAACCGCGACGUGCCCAUCGCCGGGAGGGCCGCAUCCUAUGGCGGCUCGGACAUCGUGUGGACCCCGUACGGGCCCGAGUGGAGGAUGCUGCGGAAGGUGUGCGUGCUCAAGAUGCUGAGCAACCACACGCUGGACUCCGUCUACGAUCUCCGGCGGAGGGAGGUCCGGAAGACCGUGGGGUACUUCAGGGUCCGGGCCGGGUCUCCGGUGAACGUUGGGGAGCAGAUGUUCCUGACUGUGCUCAACGUGAUCACGAGCAUGUUGUGGGGUGGGACGGUGCAGGGCGAGGAGAGAGAGAGCUUGGGUGCUGAUUUCAGACAGGUAGUGUCAGAUAUGACGGAGCUUCUUGGGAAACCGAACGUUUCGGACUUUUAUCCGGGUCUGGCCCGAUUCGAUUUCCAAGGGAUCGAGAAGCGGAUGAAGGGGUUGGGAAAACGGUUCGAUGGAAUUUUUGAGAAGAUGAUUGCGCAGAGGUUGAGGAUGGAGAGAGACGGCCGAAGCCAUUGCAAAGAUUUCUUGCAGUUUCUAUUGGAGUUGAAGGAUGAGGAAGAUGCCAAGACUCCUCUAACAAUGACUGGCCUCAAAGCUCUGCUCAUGGAUAUGGUGGUUGGUGGAACGGACACAUCCUCCAAUACAGUGGAGUUUGCCAUGGCUGAGAUCUUGAAUAAACCUAGUGUUCUGAGCAAAAUCCAAAAUGAAUUGGAAACCGUGGUUGGCAAAGACAACAUCGCAGAAGAAUCUCACAUUCCCAAACUGUCUUACUUGCACGCCGUCAUGAAAGAGUCAUUGAGAUUGCACCCAGCACUUCCCCUAUUGGUCCCCCACUGCCCGAGCGCGACAUGCACCGUCGGAGGCUAUACAGUUCCGAAGGGCUCUCGCGUCUUCAUCAAUGUGUGGGCGAUACAUAGGGAUCCUUCGAUAUGGAGCGACCCGUUGGAGUUCAAUCCCGAGAGGUUUUUGCACGAUAAGGGCGAUUACAGUGGGAACGACUUCAAUUACUUCCCCUUUGGGUCUGGGAGAAGAAUAUGCGCGGGGAUAGCGAUGGCCGAGAGGAUGGUGCUAUACUCGCUUGCCACGCUCUUGCAUUCCUUUGACUGGAAGCUACCCGAGGGAGAGAAGAUGGAUCUAAGAGAGCAAUUUGGGAUCAUCUUGAAAAAGAAAAUGCCGCUAGUGGCUAUUCCUUCGCCGAGGUUCUCUGAUCCUCGUCUUUAUGAUUGAGCAUCGCUGCACGUUGGAAUGAUUUCUUUACAUUAUCUUAUGUGGAUAGAAUGGGGUGGAAAAGUGCAUCUUCCUAUCUUCGUAUGGUCAAUUAAACUCCUAUCUGUGGUUUUAUUCUAUGACAUUUAUAUGUCACCAUGAUGAACAUGAAAAAGGUCACAUUUUUUUUUUUU